AUGCAUGUCAGAUGGGCUACUUUUCUGCAGAAAUUUCCAUUUUUUAUUAAACAUAAAUAUGGAGUUCUUAACCGUGUAGCAGAUGCACUGAGUCGUCCAGCAACUUUGCUUGUUACUUUGGCUCAAGAAGUUAUGGGUUUCAAAUUUAUGAAGGAACUAUACGAGACUAAUGAAGAUUUUCAGGAAAUUUGGGCUAAGUUUAUUCGCAAUGAGCCAAUGACAAAUUAUCAUGUUAAUGAGGGGGAGAAACUGAUCAAGGACUUGCAUAGGGGUGGACUAAGUGGCCAUCUGGGCCGUGAUAAAACCAUUGCCAUUACGGAGGAGAAUUAUUUUUUGCCACACUUGAAGUGGUGA